CCGCCGGCCGCCAUUUUCUUUCUUUCUUAGCAGCGCGCUGGGAGAGGGAGCUCCGGGACGCGCGGCAGCGGCCACCGCAGCUGGGCCAUGGCAGACUACUCAACGGUCCCCCCUCCUGCCUCGGGCUCUGGCGGCGGCGGUGGCGGCGGCGGCGGCGUCAAUGACGCCUUUAAGGACGCGCUGCAGCGAGCGCGGCAGAUUGCAGCCAAAAUUGGAGGUGAUGCAGGCACAUCACUGAAUUCAAAUGACUAUGGUUAUGGGGGACAAAAAAGACCUUUGGAGGAUGGAGAUCAGCCAGAUGCUAAGAAGGUCGCUCCUCAGAAUGAUGCCUUUGGAACCCAGUUACCGCCAAUGCAUCAGCAACAAAGGUCGGUAAUGACAGAAGAGUACAAAGUUCCAGACGGAAUGGUUGGAUUCAUAAUUGGCAGAGGAGGGGAGCAGAUCUCACGCAUACAACAGGAGUCUGGAUGCAAAAUACAGAUUGCCCCUGACAGUGGUGGCCUACCUGAAAGGUCUUGUAUGCUAACUGGGACCCCUGAAUCUGUUCAAUCAGCCAAGCGGUUACUCGACCAGAUCGUUGAAAAGGGAAGGCCAGCCCCUGGCUUUCAUCAUGGGGAUGGACCAGGCAAUGCUGUUCAAGAAAUCAUGAUCCCAGCCAGCAAGGCUGGGUUAGUUAUUGGGAAAGGCGGAGAGACCAUUAAACAGCUUCAGGAGCGAGCUGGUGUUAAAAUGGUGAUGAUUCAGGAUGGACCCCAAAACACAGGUGCCGACAAGCCUCUGAGGAUCACGGGCGACCCCUACAAAGUCCAACAAGCCAAGGAAAUGGUGUUGGAGUUAAUCCGUGAUCAAGGGGGCUUCAGAGAGGUGCGGAAUGAAUAUGGGUCAAGAAUAGGAGGAAAUGAAGGCAUAGAUGUCCCUAUCCCAAGAUUUGCUGUAGGAAUUGUGAUCGGCAGAAAUGGCGAAAUGAUCAAAAAGAUUCAGAACGAUGCCGGGGUUAGGAUCCAGUUCAAGCCGGAUGACGGGACCACCCCAGACCGAAUAGCCCAGAUCACGGGCCCUCCGGACCGAUGUCAGCAUGCGGCAGAGAUCAUCACUGACCUGCUUCGAAGCGUCCAGGCCGGCAACCCUGGUGGACCAGGACCUGGUGGUCGUGGCCGGGGCCGGGGCCAAGGCAGCUGGAGCAUGGGGCCGCCCGGCGGGCUGCAGGAAUUCAAUUUUAUCGUUCCAACUGGGAAAACUGGACUAAUCAUAGGAAAAGGUGGAGAAACAAUCAAAAGCAUAAGCCAACAGUCUGGUGCUAGAAUAGAACUCCAGAGAAACCCCCCACCAAACGCAGACCCCAACAUGAAGUUAUUCACAAUACGGGGAACUCCCCAGCAAAUUGAUUACGCACGGCAACUCAUCGAGGAAAAGAUUGGUGGUCCGGUUAACCCCUUAGGUCCACCUGUUCCCCAUGGGCCUCAUGGUGUUCCCGGCCCCCAUGGGCCUCCAGGACCUCCAGGGCCUGGGAAUCCGAUGGGGCCCUACAACCCUGCACCUUAUAACCCAGGACCGCCAGGCCCUGCUCCUCAUGGUCCUCCAGCUCCAUAUGCUCCCCAAGGGUGGGGAAAUGCCUAUCCCCAUUGGCAGCAGCAGAACCCACCUGAUCCAGCAAAAACAGGUACAGACCCAAAUUCUGCAGCUUGGGCUGCUUAUUAUGCUCAUUAUUAUCAGCAGCAAGCACAGCCACCUCCUGCAGCUCCAACAGGUGCACCAACUACAACUCAGACUAAUGGACAAGGAGAUCAGCAAAAUCCAGCUCCAACUGGACAGGUUGAUUAUACCAAGGCUUGGGAAGAGUACUACAAAAAAAUGGGUCAACAAGGGCAGACACAGGAUUAUUCAAAGGCUUGGGAGGAAUAUUACAAGAAGCAAGGUCAAGCUGUUCCUGCUCCCACUGGAGCCCCCCCCGGGGGCCAGCCCGAUUACAGUGCGGCCUGGGCCGAAUACUACCGCCAGCAGGCCGCGUACUAUGCGCAGACCAGUCCCCAGGGGAUGCCGCAGCACCCACCAGCCCCACAGUGCCUUCCCAGACCUUCCACCUUAGGUUCUGCUCCAAAAAGCAACAGAUACAUAUUCAAAAGUACUGCCUCCAUGUUCACACACAGUGCUGAAGAUCCGCGAAUACCCAACCAUAGCUCAUAGACAAGGGCCCUGAGGUAGUUACUGCCCCAGAGAGGAAGGAGCCCUUGGGCUGUAGGCCAUUGGCGAGCCGAUGAGCAUGGAUCGUAGAAGGGCUCGAGGUAGAAGGUAAAAUGGGCAAAAACCGUAUUCCCAGACAGAACGGAUCCACUCUGAUUUGCUGCCAUAAAUUUGCUGCUCAUAAAUGUUCUAUGAACUGUUAAGUUUCUUGAAUUAUGUAGCUGCUGCACCACUCCUGUUUCCAUUUGUUCUUUUUUAUAUAAACAGCCAUGGUCAGGUGUGUUAAGUUUUAUAAUAUAAGGGUUUCUUUAAAAUCUGUGAGUCAUCACAUUUUGCAGUUUUAGCUUGAAAUUUUAUAGAUUAAAAAUAAGACCUGAAUGCUGAUAGUUAUGCUCUUAGAUGAUGUAUUAUAGGAGCAUUGUUUCUGUCUCUUGAGAACUUUUUAAAAUUCAUGACCAUAAGCCUUCACUGCUCUUACCAGCCAGCAUUUUUUAACAGUGAAAAAUGGAAAGCAGAAAAGGUGAGCCAGCCCAUUUGACUACAGUGGUGGUUAGGAGGUUUGAGGAUAGGAUGCUUAACCUGGAGUUGUAGUCUUUAUAGCACUUACCCCAAAUAUACAGGGAAUCUGUUUAUUUUACUUUUCUUCUUGGGUUACUGAGUGUAGUAGUACUUCAGUAUUUCUUUCAGAAAUGAGAAGAUAAAGUAAAUAUUAUUUUUCAUUGAAGUUUAUAUUUAGAGAUUGUAAACAUCAUAAAAUUAUUACUUCAAAGAAUGGGGUUUUGAUGGUUAAAAUGGGAAGGGUCAUGGUGGGGAUGAACUCAGAACAGAAAAAUAUGCAGAUGUCUUGUAGAAUCAUUUCUAACAUUUCAUCUCUUGGGCAAGGAUGCCAAAAGAAAUUGUGUCACCAAGGGGGGAGGGGAAAAAAAAGUAAUGUAGAGUUCUGAUAGGUUAUUUCAUUAUGAUUUGCUGCCAAUUCUCACUUUAAUAUGCCUCUUUUUUUGUUGUUUUUUGUUUUUUAACAUCCUCAUUGAGAACUUCAUUGGGUGCUUUAAAAAGCACUGGUUUUGUAUUAUUAUUCUGUUUUCUUUCCACACUAUAAUUGUUCUGGGGGGGGGAGGGGGGAAAUGAGGGUGGGGGUUAGGAUUUAUAAAUCAGCUUUCAAAAGGAAAUCAGUUUUUAAGAUUUUAUAUUCUUUAGUUAUCCCUAUGAAACUCUUAUAUGUAUUUCCGCAUAUAUAUAUAUAUAUAUAUUUUUCUUAUGCAUGCUCGAUGCAUUUUCGUCCUGAGAAAAGUGUUCU